AUGAGUGGAGAUUCUAAGAAGAAAAGACUAGCGCUCGACGUGAUCGGUCAACUUGAAGAUGAUCUAAAGGCUAACCCGUUGGACUACGCUAAGUGGAACAAGUUGAUUAAACAAGUGGUGGCCAAAGACAAAGAAGAGCAGAUUCGCAAGACGUUUGAUAAGUAUUUGAGUAUUUUCCAAUAUGAUGGCAAACAGUGGUGUACCUACAUAACCUAUGAGAUGAGUCGUCAGGAUUUCUUGAAGGUGCAAGAGUUGUUCUCUAAAUGUAUCACUGUCGUUGACAACGUCGAGUUGUUUCGGUUAUAUGUUUCGUACGUGAGAAGAGUGAAUGAUGUUAUCACAGGAGGAGAAAAGGCCAGAGGUAUAGUAAUUCAAGCGUUCGAGUUCGCCGUGAACCGCGUCGGGAUUGACUUGAGGAGUGGUGAUUUGUGGACGGAUUACUUGGACUUUUUAAAAUCAUGGACUCCUAGUGCGUCUUGGGAACAACAGCAGAAACUUGACUUGAUUAGAAAGGUUUACAAGAAAAUGUUGGUGAUUCCCACUGAAAAAAUUGAGGCGUUAUGGUCUACAUACACCAAAUGGGAAAAUGAGGUGAACUCUUCUACUGCUAGUAGGUUUAUUGCUGAUAAAUCCUCUGAGUUUAUGGAAGCUAGAUCAUGGAACGUCGAAUGGCAUAAUAUAACUAAAAACCAGUUAAGAAGGGACCUCAUUCCCAGCGACAUUUCCAGUGAUGUGGUUAAGUUACAAUUGAAUUUAUGGUACAAAUGGGUUGAAUUUGAGCGGAGGAAUGGGUUAAACUUGAAGGACGAAAAGCUACUUGAGCAAAGAAUCGAAUAUGUUUACAAACAAUCGGUUAUGUCUUUGGUUUUCGUGCCUGAAGUAUGGUACAAAUAUAACAACUACAAUAAGCUAAAUGGCAGUUCUACUAGUAGCAUUGAUUUACUAACUCAAGGCUUGAUUUUGAACCCCACCAGCUAUUUGUUGUCGUUUGAGUUAUCAGAACUUUAUGAAAAAGAGAAUAAUAUCUCCAAAGCAAACGAAACGCUUGAGUCACUUAUAAAUUCGUUAACAGCUGAUUACGAGGUAGUUGUAAAGCAUAUAGAUACUAUCAACGAACGCUCAGAGGCCCAUUCAAGGAAUGGGAAGCAAGCUAAAUCUUCUUCUGAUAAUAUGGAUGAGGAUGAUGACGACCAACCCAAUUCGAAGAUAGGAUACCAGCUAUCAGAUAUCGACAUCAGAACCCUCAAAGCCUUGAAAAGUCAACAGAAAGAGUUGUCCAGGGCAAUUACUCUUGUCUACACCAAACAGAUGAUGACCAACAAAAGAUCCAGUGGUAUAAAGGAGUCCAGACAGAUUUUCAAGCAGGCCAAAAAGUUUGCUGGAAUUGGGAAUGAAUUAUAUGUGGAAAAUGCAUUAACAGAGUAUUACUCUGAUAACAAAAAUAUUGCUAGAAAGGUAUUUGAGUUAGGUAUGAAAACUUAUGGCACAGAUGGAGAUUACUUGCUUUCGUAUUUGGAUUUCUUGAUUAUGGUCAACGAAACGGAAAACAUAAAGGUAUUGUUUGAAGUUGCAACGAAUGGAUUAACUAAAGUCAUUGAAGAAGAUACCAUUAUUACAGAAGAUGUUGACACCCCCGUUUGGAUCAAGGAUGAGUUGAAAGAAACCAUAGAAAGGAAUAAGCUCCAUGUUAAACGUUUGAUCAAGAGGUAUAGUAAAUUUGCAACCAAGUUUUUAGAUUUAGGGAUCGUUGCUAGUCUUGAGUCGAGAUACAGAGAAUUGUUUUCAGAUGAUGACCCGAUUAUCUUCUUAAGUUCCAGAUAUGCCUAUGACGAUGUUGACUUAAUUCGGGCUGAUUUGGGUAUGAGCACAAAGAUAAAAGAGCCUAUUGGUGAUGGAAUCCCUUCACAAACUGAAGGGCCUGAUGCAAAGAGAAGAAAGGUGCAAUUACCUUCCAGACCAGUGACUAGGCAAGAGACCCCAGACAAGGAGUCCAACUCACAAAUAAGUCAACAGCAAUCCCAAGGAUUUAUUGGCAAUUCCAUUUACAACUUACUUCGGGUCUUACCCAACUCAUCUUACUUUGGCAAGCCCGAAGAUCGUGUUUUUAACAGCAAGAAAUUGGUCGAGUUGUUGAACAGCAUCGACUUACCAAAAUGA